UGCUGAAAAUUAAAAUCAGGCCUUCAGGCAAUCUCUCUCUAUCUCUCUAUUAAUUGGCUGUUUCCCUUCCGUCACGUAGCUGUAUCUGAUAUCAAUUUCGCCUCUCCGUCGGGCUUUCCGUUUCCGGUGCUCCGCCGGCGCUUCCUGUGGAAUUUUCCUGAAGCAUUUUGCCGGAAUAUUUCCUCGCUUUCGCUUAUCGGAACUUCUCUAUUUGGACUUUGAAUUGCGGCUUUUGGCUGGGAAUGUGAUUUGGGAAAGAAUGAAAAUGGUGGCGAAAAAGGUCGGGAAGUAUGAGGUCGGCCGAACGAUCGGCGAAGGGACUUUCGCGAAGGUUAAGUUUGCGCGGAAUUCGGAGACUGGAGAGAGUGUUGCAGUGAAGGUUAUGGCCAAAAGCUCCAUUCUGAAGCACAGAAUGGUUGAUCAGAUUAAAAGAGAGAUAUCCAUAAUGAAGAUUGUUAGGCAUCCUAACAUAGUUAGGCUGCAUGAGGUGUUGGCUAGCCGGACAAAGAUAUUUAUUGUUUUAGAGUUUGUUACUGGAGGGGAACUCUUUGAUAAGAUAGUUCAUCAAGGAAAGCUCUCUGAAAAUGAAUCUAGGCACUACUUUCAACAACUUAUAGAUGCAGUUGCUCAUUGUCACAGUAAAGGUGUUUACCACAGGGAUUUGAAGCCUGAAAAUCUUCUUCUCAAUUUCCAUGGGAACUUGAAGGUUUCUGACUUUGGACUGAGUGCACUGCAACAACAAGGUGUUGAACUGCUUCAUACUACAUGUGGGACACCAAAUUACCUUGCACCUGAGGUUCUAGGCUGUCGAGGUUAUGAUGGUGCUACAGCAGAUAUCUGGUCUUGUGGAGUCAUCAUUUACGUCCUAAUGGCAGGAUAUCUUCCAUUUAACGAGACUGAUCUCCCCACCUUGUAUAAAAAGAUCAAUGCUGCAGAGUUUACAUGUCCAUUUUGGUUUUCUCCUGGUGCAAAAUCAUUGAUAGAGAAGAUACUUGAUCCCAACCCUGAAACUCGUAUUACAAUUCAAGGGAUUAAGAACCACCCAUGGUUCCAAAGGAAUUAUGUGGCUGUCAAACAUGGAGAAGAAAAUGAAGUGAAUUUGGAUGAUGUUCAAGCAGUUUUUGAAGACAUAGAGGAUCGGUAUGUCACUGAACAAGCUUCAAAUGACAGUGGACCUUUAAUGAUGAAUGCAUUUGAGAUGAUUACCCUCUCUCAAGGGUUGAACCUUUCAGCGUUGUUUGAUAGGCGUCAGGAUUGUGUAAAGCGGCAAACACGUUUUGUUUCCUGCCAACCAGCUAAAGUUAUAAUCUCAACAAUUGAAGCUGUUGCAGAAUCAAUGGGUCUCAAGGUGCAUACACGUAAUUACAAGACGAGACUUGAAGGAACAUCUACAAAUAAAGCCGGACCAUUUGCUGCUGUUCUGGAGGUUUAUGAAGUUGCCCCCUCUCUUUUCAUGGUGGAUGUUCGAAAGGCUGCUGGGGAUACACUCGAAUAUCACAAGUUUUACAAGAACUUUUGCUGCAAACUUGAGAACAUUAUCUGGAAACCAAAGGAGGGUGUGCAAAGUUCUGCUCUACUUAAAUGACAUGCAUCCACAUCCAGUUUGUACUGUUUGAAGCAAACAAGCAAGCGGCAGGAGAGUUGGUUUCCCGGGCCUCAAAUAGGCAACAUAUGUUGGAUAUAUAUAAUCUGCAAAUUUAGUCCUUUGUAGGCAUCCAAAUGCCAUGUUGUUCCCAGUCACUAGUUUCUACAGUUCCAAGUUAUGUCUCAAAUGACUAGUUCCUUGAGGUUUAUCUAAAUUAUGCCCCCUUGCUUGCCUAUGCAAUAUACGCUUGUAUUAGGGAUUGUAUGGGAAAAUAUUAAAAUCCAUUCUAGGGCUCCCAUGAAGAGGAAGUGCACAGAUAAGUAAUGCCAUCUGUGAACAUGAUAUGAUGCAGCUUGUAAUAUUCUUUUUGAAAUUUGAAUGUUAUCUUAUUUAGAAAAAUGAUAUCUUUACAAUUUUA